CGCCUCAAUCCAGAAUGGAAAUAAUGAAACAAGAGAAAAACGAAAUUCAUAAAUAAAUCUAAGCAGAGAGAGUGGGAGUGAGAGUGUGAGAAAAUGGCGAACCCUCAAAAUCAGAAGCCAUGGAAGGUGGAGUACGCGAAGUCUGGACGAUCGUCAUGCAGGACGUGCAAGAGCACCAUUGCCAGCGAGACCCUCCGUCUCGGCAAGAUGGUUCAAUCCACGAAGUUCGAUGGCCUCAUGCCUAUGUGGAAUCAUGUUGAUUGUAUAUUGAAGAAAGCCAACCAGAUAAAAGCAAUUGACGAUGUUGAAAACAUAGACUCGCUUCGUUGGGAAGAUCAGCAGAAGAUCCGAAAAUACAUAGAGAGCGGUGGUGGCAGCGCGACAAAGUCAAACUCAAAUACCAUCAAAGAUGCUGAAUGUGUUAUUGAAGUUUCUCAAACUUCUCGUGCUACUUGCAGGGAUUGUGGUAAAAAAAUUAUCAAAGGAGAGGUUCGCAUAUCCACUAAGCCUGAUGGUCAAGGUGCUAAAGGUUUGGCUUGGCACCAUGCUAAGUGUCUCAUGGAAUUAUCACCAUCAAUUCAAGUGGAUAAGUUGUCUGGAUGGAAUAGUCUCUCAUCUUCUGAUCAAUCAGCUGUCAGUGACUUGGCUAAGAAGGAUCAUCCUAUGAGUAAGGGGGGUGGUAGUGGUACAAACAUCAAGGCUGAGAAGGGUAAAGAAUCCACACAACAAAACACUUUCAAAGGUGGCAUAAAACGGGGGAAGGAUGCUGAAGGUGUGCAGAAAUCAAAAGUUGCUAAGGCCAAGGGAGAUGUGUUUGCAGGCAAGGCAGCAUCAGUGAAUAAUGAUAAUGAUCCAGGGGAAGCAUGUGAUCUGGAGAAUAGAUUGGAGGCCCAGAACAAAGAAUUCUGGGCUGUGAAGGAUGAUCUUAAAAAGCAUGUGACAACAUCAGAGUUGCGGGAAAUGCUAGAAGCCAAUGGUCAAGAUUCUACAGGAUCAGAACUUGAUUUGCGCGAUCGCUGUGCUGAUGGAAUGAUGUUUGGAGGACUUGGUCAUUGCCCAAUAUGUUCUGGUUUUGUGCGUUAUUCGGGAGGAAUGUACCGGUGCAAUGGAUACAUUUCCGAGUGGGGUAAAUGUUCUUACACUACCCGUGAACCAAAACGUAUUGAAGGGAAGUGGAAAAUCCCAGAGGAAACAAAAAAUCAGUAUCUUAAAAAGUGGUUCAAAUCUCAAAAAGGGAAGAAACCAAUUAGGAUAUUGCCUCUGUCUUCAUCAGGGAAUUCUGCUGAAAAUCAAAUUAAUGCUUGCCAGCAUCAAUCAUCAAACAGUGAAAGCUUGCAAGAUUUGAAAGUUGCUAUCUGUGGAUUACCUAAAGACUCUAUUGAGCAAUGGAAAUGCAAAAUUGAUGGCGUAGGUGGGGUGCUUCAUGCAAAAGUAAAAAAAGAUACUAACUGCUUGGUGGUCAGUGCAGUGCUCAGUGAUGAAGCUGAGAUGCGGAAGGCAAGGAGGAUGAAAAUACCAAUAGUCAGAGAGGACUAUUUGGUUGACUGUAUAGAAAGAAAGAAGAAGCUUCCAUUUGAUAUGUACAAGGUUGAAAUGAUUGGCGAGGCUUCUAGCAUGGUCACCAUCAAAGUGAAGGGGCACAGUGCUGUACACGAGGCUUCUGGCCUGCAGGAUUCUGGCCACAUACUCGAGGAAGGGAAAAGCAUAUAUAAUACAACUUUGAAUAUGUCAGAUUUGUCUACUGGUAUUAACAGCUACUACAUUCUCCAAAUAAUCCAGGAAGAUAAGGGGUCAGGUUGUUAUGUGUUUCGUAAAUGGGGUCGAGUGGGAAAUGACAAGAUUGGAGGAAUUAAACUGGAUGAAAUGCCAAAAUCUGAUGCAAUCUGUGAAUUCAAACGAUUAUUCUUUGAGAAGACUGGAAAUCCUUGGGAGGCUUGGGAACAAAAGACUAUUCAGAAGCAACCUGGAAGAUUCUUCCCAUUGGAUAUUGAUUAUGGAGUUAACAAACAGGUCUCAAAAAAGAAUAAAAAUAAUACAGCCAGCAAACUACCCCCUCCAUUGAUAGAAUUGAUGAAGAUGCUCUUCAAUGUGGAAACAUACAGAGCUGCCAUGAUGGAAUUUGAGAUUAAUAUGUCUGAAAUGCCACUUGGGAAGCUGAGCAAGAGCAAUAUCCAAAAGGGGUUUGAAGCAUUGACAGAGAUACAAAAUCUGUUAAAAACUAGCAAUCCUGAUCCAUCAAUCAAGGAAAGCUUGCUUAUUAAUGCCAGCAAUCGGUUCUUCACUAUGAUCCCUUCUAUUCAUCCACAUAUUAUUAGGGAUGAGGACGAUUUUAAGUCAAAGGUGAAAAUGUUAGAAGCACUUCAAGACAUUGAAAUAGCCUCAAGAUUAGUCGGAUUUGAUGCCAACAGUGAUGACUCCAUUGAUGAUAAUUAUAAGAAGCUGCAUUGUGAUAUAUCUCCACUCCCUCAUGAUAGUGAAGAUUUUUGUUUAAUUGAGAAAUUUCUCCAUAAUACUCAUGCCCCCACACAUACGGACUGGAGUCUUGAGCUAGAAGAAGUUUUUUCACUUGAAAGGGAAGGAGAAUUUGAUAAGUUUGCUCCUUACAGGGAUAAACUUGGUAACAGAAUGCUCCUAUGGCAUGGUUCUAGGUUAACAAACUUUGUGGGCAUUCUUAGCCAAGGACUCAGAAUUGCACCUCCUGAAGCUCCAGCAACUGGCUAUAUGUUUGGCAAAGGGAUUUACUUUGCUGACCUGGUCAGCAAAAGUGCUCAGUAUUGCUACCCUGAUAAGAAAAAUCCUGUUGGUCUAAUGCUUUUGAGUGAUGUUGCCCUUGGAAAUGUGUAUGAGCUCAAGAAAGCUAAGUACAUGGAUAAACCUCCUGAAGGAAAGCACUCUACUAAAGGACUGGGAAAGAAAAUGCCUCUUGAAUCGGAAUAUGUAAAGUGGAGGGGUGAUGUUACUGUUCCAUGUGGGAAACCAGUGUCAUCAAAUGUCAAGGCUUCUGAGCUCAUGUACAAUGAGUAUAUUGUUUAUAAUACUGCUCAAGUUAAGAUGCAAUACUUGUUGAAGGUGAGGUUUCAUCACAAGAAAUGAAGAUUGGAAAGAAGUUUGCUUUUUUGGGGUAUCAUCUAUACUAAGUAGUUUUUUGACGAGGACUUGUACAUAGUCCAUCUGGGUUUCUCUAGAAUAGUCUUGGUAAGAUCUCAUUUUGAGUUGACUAGAGAUCUUUCAACCUUUUUUUGUGGGGUGUGUUUAUAAGUGUAGUCAUCUAGACAAACCAUCACUUAUCGCAGAAAUAUCUCAUGCAAUUUGUGAUCUGGUUAUCUGUACAAAACCAACAUUUAAUCUCAAACAACUUAUUAUUGAGCC